UUUCCAGGACCCUCCAGGAACAUGGACCCGAAGCGUCUGUCCUCGAGCUCUCAGCAGCAGGUUUAUCUCAGGAAAAAGAGGACAAAGAGAGAAUGGAGACCACUGGAGGACCGGAGCUGCACCGACCUGCCCUGGUUCCUGCUCUUCACCGUCUUCUGCGUCGGAAUGGGCAGCAUCUGCGGCUUCACCAUCGUCACCGGCGGCGCCGCUCGCCUCGUCUUCGGGUACGACAGCUACGGCAACACGUGUGGUCAACGCAACGAGCAGCUAGAAGGUGUCCGGCUGAGCGGCCUCGACCACACCGACAGGAAGUUUGUCUUCUUCCUGGACCCCUGUAAUAUCGACAUCGUGCAGCGGAAGAUCAAGUCCAUGGCUCUGUGUGUGUCUCUGUGUCCCAGUGAGGAGCUCAAGACCUACCAGGACCUCAAGAGGUUCGCCAUGCUUAACGGUUCAGAGUUGUGUUCCUACGAGUUAGCAGGUCAUAAAUAUCCCGGUCUACCUGAGAGGUUUGACAAAUGUCCCAAACUUCCUGUUCCACCCUCUGAAGCCCUGCCGGUGUUUAACCUGCACUCCGUGACCUCUGACCUCUGUUCCUGUUAUGCGAAGUUUGCCGAGGCGGUGACGUUCGUGACCGAUAACAGCGUUCUGCACCGGCUGAUCGCCGGCGUCGCCGCCAGCAAAGAGAUCAUCAUCGGCCUGUGUGUGCUCGCUCUGGUCCUGUCCAUGAUCCUCAUGGUGAUCAUCCGUUACAUCUCAGCCGUCCUCGUCUGGAUCCUCACCUCGCUGGUCGUCCUCGGGUCCCUCGCGGGGACCAGCGUCCUCUGGUGGCUCUACAUCGACCACCGGCUGUACGGGAACGACACCACGCCGAAAGUGAAAGAGGACGUGAUCAGGGACAGCGGACAGGGACUGCUGGUCUACGCCGUCGCUGCCACUGUCUUCACCAUCAUCCUGCUGCUGCUGAUGCUCUUCAUGAGGAAGCGUGUGGCGUUGACCAUCGCUCUGUUCCACGUGGCGGGAAAAGUCUUCAUCCACCUCCCGCUGCUCACCCUGCAGCCCUUCGUCACCUUCCUCGCCCUGCUGCUCUUCUGGAGCUACUGGAUCCUGGUCCUGCUGUUCCUGGGAACCAGCGGGAACCCAGUCCAGAACGAGGAGACGGGUCUGACAGAAUUCAGACUGACAGGUCCUCUGCAGUACCUGACCUGGUACCACGCCGUGGGACUCGUAUGGAUCACAGAGUUCAUCCUCGCCUGCCAGCAGAUGACCGUGGCCGGAGCCGUCGUCACAUACUACUUCACCAGGGACAAGAACCGGCUCCCGGUGACCCCGAUCCUGUCGUCGGUCCUGAGGCUGGUCAGGUAUCACCUGGGAACCGUCGCUAAGGGAGCCUUCAUCAUCACGCUGGUGAAAAUCCCCCGACUCGUCCUCAUGUACAUCCACAACCAGCUCAAAGGAAAGGAGAACGCGUGCGCUCGCUGUCUGCUGAAGACGUGUAUCUGCUGUCUGUGGUGUUUGGAGAAGUGCCUCAACUAUCUCAAUCAGAAUGCAUAUGCAGCCACAGCCAUCAACAGCACCAGUUUCUGCACGUCUGCACGGGACGCCUUCGUGAUCCUGGUGGAAAACGCUCUGCGUGUCGCCACAAUCAACGCCGUAGGAGACUUUGUGCUCUUCCUGGGGAAGAUCCUGAUCGUGACGUCGACGGCGUUCGCCGGCGUCCUCCUCCUGAACUACCAGCGGGACUACGCCGAGUGGCUGCUGCCGCUCAUCAUCGUGUGUCUCUUCUCCUUCCUGGUCGCUCACUGCUUCCUGUCCAUCUUUGAGAUCGUGGUGGACGUCCUCUUCCUCUGCUUUGCCAUCGACACCAAGUACAAUGACGGCACCCCCGGGAAGGAGUUCUUCAUGGACAAAGCUCUGAUGGAGUUCGUGGAGAGCAGCCGGCGGUUAGAGCGGGCGGUGGAGCGUGGGCGGAGCCGGGUGAAAGAGGCGGUUUCGGAGGGGGCGGAGAUGAAGCCCAUGGUGAGUGACAGCGGAGGGGGCGCGGCCAGGCGGAGGAGCUCGGCGGAGGAGGGGGGGGGGGUGGGCCUGGACGGGGGGGGGGGGGAGUGGGAGGAGCUGCAGGAGUUCCAGGUGUACUACCUGCUGGUGGGGGUGCUGGUGGACUGGGUGCUGACGGAGCAGAGCGACUUCGUCCUCUGUCUCAGCGAGGAUGUCGUCCUCUUCCUCUGCGUCUACCUGCCCACCUCCACCCUCUUCCUGUUCGUCAGCCUGCUGCACACGCCGAGCCCUGCCCCCUCAGCGCCGAGCAGCAAAUCAGCCGCCGUCACCACCGCCAGCUAACACACGCACUAACGGACACGUGCUAACUCAUGCAUGCUAACGGACACAUGCUAACGGACAUGUGCUAACUCAUGCAUGCUAACAGAUGCACGCUGUCCUGAGCAUGCUGAUUGGUCAAACACUGUCACAUGCUAACCUUCAUCAUCACCAUCAUCUUCAUCAUCAUCAUCUUCACCAUCACAGCUGCUUCUUCCUGAAUUUCUGGGACCAAACUGUACUUUGACUUCCUGUUACAUUAUAAUUUAUUUUUUACUUUUGUAUCUUAUAUUUUUAAAUAUUUUUUCUAUUUAAAUAAUUUUUUGCAGCUGUUUGUUUCUUCAGUUCGGCCUUAUCUU